AAACUCCUGGAGAAGCUCCAGGAGAACCUCCAGGCUCCUGGAGAAGUUCCAGUUGGGUUUCACCUCAACUGGAAGCUCCAGGAGAAGCUCCAGGCUCCUGGAGAAGCUCCAGUUGGGCUCAACCUCAACUGGAAGCUCCUGAAGAAGCUCCAGGAGAAGCUCCAGGCUCCUGGAGAAGCUCCAGUUGGGCUCAACCUCAACUGGAAGCUCCAGGAGAAGCUCCAGUCUUCUCCUCCCCAGCCCAUGGGCAUCAUGUCCAUCUUGGAGGAGGAGUGCAUGUUCCCCAAGGCCACCGACAUGACCUUCAAGGCCAAACUCUUCGACAACCACUUGGGCAAGUCGGCCAACUUUGGGAAGCCCCGUAACAUCAAAGGGAAGCCCGAGGCCCACUUCGCCCUGGUCCACUACGCGGGGACGGUGGACUACAACAUCCUGGGGUGGCUUCAGAAGAACAAGGACCCCCUCAACGAGACGGUGGUGGGCCUCUACCAGAAGUCGGCCCUCAAGCUCUUGGCCAACCUCUUCGCCAACUACGCCGGGGCCGACGCGCCCGUGGAGAAGGGCAAAGGGGCCAAGAAGAAAGGUUCCUCCUUCCAGACGGUCUCCGCCCUCCACCGGGAGAACCUCAACAAGCUGAUGACCAACCUGAGGUCCACCCACCCCCACUUCGUCCGCUGCAUCAUCCCCAACGAAACCGUGGAGAAGGGCAAAGGGGCCAAGAAGAAAGGUUCCUCCUUCCAGACCGUGUCCGCCCUCCACCGGGAGAACCUCAACAAGCUGAUGACCAACCUGAGGUCCACCCACCCCCACUUCGUCCGCUGCAUCAUCCCCAACGAGACCAAGUCUCCUGGGGUGAUGGACAACCCUUUGGUGAUGCACCAACUGCGUUGCAACGGGGUCUUGGAGGGGAUCCGCAUCUGCCGCAAGGGCUUCCCCAACCGCAUCCUCUACGGGGACUUCCGCCAGCGGUAUCGCAUCUUGAACCCGGCGGCCAUCCCCGAGGGACAGUUCAUCGACAGCCGCAAAGGGGCCGAGAAGCUCCUGGGGUCCUUGGACAUCGACCACAACCAGUACAAGUUUGGCCACACCAAGGUGAGGUCACUCGUGGGGCACCACCACCACCUUCUCCUCCUCAUGAUCAUGACCCGUUUGCAGGCCCAGGUCCGCGGGUUCCUCUCCCGCCAGGAGUUCAAGAAGAUCCUGGAACGCCGGGACUCCUUGCUGGUCAUCCAGUGGAACAUCAGGGCCUUCAUGGGGGUGAAGAACUGGCCUUGGAUGAAGCUCUACUUCAAGAUCAAGCCCUUGUUGAAGAGCGCGGAGACGGAGAAGGAGAUGCAGACCAUGAAGGAGGAGUUUGGGCGGCUGAAGGAAGCCCUGGAGAAGUCGGAGGCCCGGCGGAAGGAGCUGGAGGAGAAGAUGGUCUCCAUGCUCCAGGAGAAGAACGACCUCCAGCUCCAAGUGCAGGCCGAGCAGGACAACCUGGCGGACGCCGAGGAGCGCUGCGACCAGCUGAUCAAGAACAAGAUCCAGCUGGAGGCCAAGGUGAAGGAGCUGACGGAGAGGGUGGAGGAGGAGGAGGAGAUGAACGCCGAGCUGACGGCCAAGAAGAGGAAGCUGGAGGACGAGUGCUCGGAGCUGAAGAAGGACAUCGACGACCUGGAGUUGUCCUUGGCCAAGGUGGAGAAGGAGAAGCACGCCACCGAGAACAAGGUGAAGAACCUGACGGAGGAGAUGGCCGGGCUGGACGAGAUCAUCGUCAAGUUGACCAAGGAGAAGAAAGCCCUUCAAGAAGCCCAUCAACAAGCGUUGGACGACCUCCAGGCAGAAGAAGACAAGGUCAACACCUUGACCAAGGCCAAAGUCAAGCUGGAACAGCAAGUGGACGACGCGCGGAUCGAGGAGCUGGAGGAGGAGCUGGAGGCGGAGAGGACGGGUCGGGCCAAGGUGGAGAAGCUGCGCUCGGACCUUUCGCGGGAGCUGGAGGAGAUCAGCGAGAGGUUGGAGGAGGCUGGAGGAGCCACCUCGGUCCAGCUGGAGCUCAACAAGAAGCGGGAGGCGGAGUUCCAGAAGAUGAGGAGGGACCUGGAGGAGGCCACCCUCCAACACGAGGCCACGGCCGCCGCCCUGCGCAAGAAACAGGCCGACAGCGUGGCCGAGCUGGGCGAGCAGAUAGACAACCUCCAGAGGGUCAAGCAGAAGCUGGAGAAGGAGAAGAGCGAGCUCAAGCUGGAGCUGGACGACGUGGGUUCCAACCUGGAGCAGGUCCUCAAGGCCAAGGCCAACCUGGAGAAGAUGUGUCGCACCAUGGAGGACCAGAUGAACGAGCACCGCACCAAGGCCGAGGAGGCCCAACGCGCCGUCAACGACCUCACCACCCAACGGGCCAAGCUCCAGACGGAGAACGGAGAGCUCUCCAGGCAGCUGGAGGAGAAGGAGGCCUUCAUCAACCAGUUGACCCGAGGGAAGCUCACCUACACCCAACAGCUGGAGGACCUCAAGAGGCAGCUGGAGGAGGAGGUCAAG